UAAAUAAAAAUCCUGCAACUCAUCUCCAUUUCUUUUCCCUCUCUCUCUUUAUCUCUCUCUCUCAGCCCAAAAGCAAAGGAAGGAGAAACACAAGAGAGAAAGAAUGGAAGCGUAUCCGACGUACCCACCAUACCCAGACUCCGGCAACUCGUCGCCGCGAUCCCGCGAGAUCGACUUCGACGCCACUCCCUGGGACGAUCAGCAGCAGCCUCCCAACAGCGGCAGCUACAAGGCCAGGUUCAUGUGCAGCUACGGCGGCAAGAUCCACCCCCGCCCCCACGACAACCAGCUCUCCUACAUCGGCGGCGAGACCAAGAUCCUCUCCGUCGAUCGCCACAUCAAGCUCUCCUCCUUCCUCUCCAAGCUCUCCUCCCUCUGCGACCUCCCCGACGGCGUCUCCUUCAAGUACCAGCUCCCCGGCGAGGACCUCGACGCCCUCAUCUCCGUCACCACCGACGACGACCUCGAGCACAUGAUGCAUGAGUACGACCGCCUCUACCGCGCCUGCGCCAAGCCCGCCCGCAUGCGCCUCUUCCUCUUCGCCGACCCCAACAGCCCCCACCCCCCCACCUUCGCCUCCGCCGACGCCAAGUCCGAUCGCGACCGCUUCGUCGACGCUCUCAAUUCCGGCCCUUCCGUCCAGGAGCCCGCCAAGCCCCCGCCUGCUAAUGUCGAUUUCCUUUUCGGGUUGGAGAAGGGGGUUGUCGCCGAGGCUCCGCCGGGCGUGGCGGUGGCGGCGGCGGUUGCGGACCCGGUGGUGGCGACGGCGGCUGUCCAGGAGGGUCGUGUCGGGAUUCCCCGCGAUGAGCGGGUCGUGGCGUCGGAUCACGGGGUGAACCCGCUGGAGAUACAGCGGCAGCUGCAUGAGUUGCAGAGGCUGCAAAUCAGCUGCGGCGGAGGUCAGGGGCAAGAAGCCGCCAUGUACAGAAGGAAGAGCGACGACAACAUGGGGAAUGCCGGUGGGUAUGGAGCUGACAAUUACUACUUGCAAAAGCUGGCACAGGAGAAGACGCAGCAGAUGACGAUUCCCGCAGGUGUGGCCCCGGCUGCGACGGCUCCUCCAGGGUAUUGGCAGGCGGAGAAGCAGAUUCCGUCGUGUGGGUUCCCAGCUGCUGUGACGGGUCAGCCGGAGCAGCAGAUGUACAUGAUCCCUGCUCCAGGAACCAUUUACCAUGCUGCGCCACCGCAGAUGAUGCGGCAGGUGGCGGCGGGUCAAGGGUACUACACCCUCCCGCAAAGGGUUUCUCAUGACGCUUACCGGGAUCAGCCCGUGUACAACGUCGUCCAUCCGCCAUCACAAGCGCCACCGCUGACGGCAGCAGCCCCGCCUGCUCUUCCCCCACAGAACCAGUUGCCCAGGGUGGCCGGGGCCAGCACGGAAGGGUUUGGCGUUGGAGCCAUGAGGCAGCACGGCGGCGGCGGCGGCGGCGGAGGAGGCGGCGGUGGCGGCGGCAGCGGGGUGGCAGAAACCGUGGCCUAUGCGCAUUUGCCUUACGACGGCGGCGUUGGGAGACAAGUGUUCUACACGGCGGCGGGAGGGAUGGUGGUGCCACCCCCGCAGUAUCAGGGAAUGGCAGCGGCGAGCGCCGACAUGAGGCAGGGUGGCGGCGCCGUGUUUAAUCAGGAGGGUAAGGUGGUUGCUGCAAAAGUUUCACAAGGUUCACUGUGAUUCUCAUGGAAAGGUAUAAACUUGUUAUAUGGCAUGUAAGAAAGAACUGCUGUAAGUUUCGCAUAGUAUAAGAGUUACCAAUGUCUUCUUGAUAUAUCAUGGUAUUGUGAAAUUUUCCUGGGUUUUUGUAAGCACUGCUUGAGUGCAGAGGUCAGAUUUGAGUUUUUACUCUGUUGAUAAUAGUCUAUAAUCUCUCUACUUUUGCUGGUUU